AUGACAAACGCAACUGCGCUGACCUUCUUUCGCUUGACAGGAUUGAGUCACAUGACACAGAGGCUCCGAGUGCUCGUGUUCGCCGUCACCUUGUUGUGUUACGCUGCCAUUUUGCCGGUCAACGGUCUUCUUAUCGUGACCAUCGUACUGGAGAAAAAACUCCACGAGCCCAUGUACUUCUUCGUGUGUAAUCAAUGCGUUAAUGGCCUUUAUGGGACGGUUGCCUUUUUUCCCAAAUUCCUUUACCAUCUCUUGUCCAAGAGCCACAUUAUAUCGUAUUUCGGCUGUCUGAUGCAGGUCUUUAUCAUCUAUUCUUACGCGGCAUCGGAAAUGGCAAUUUUAGCAGUGAUGGCAUACGACCGCUACGUGGCCAUAUCUCGACCGCUGGAGUAUCACGCCAUUAUGACCAAAUGCAGGGUGCUCUUGUUGGUGACCUUCUCCAGAAUUGUGCCUAUGCUUUGCCAGGCCGCGGUGACCAUCAUGAGCUCCAAACUGGAACUGUGCGGUUCCCAUGUCAACAAACUCUACUGCGAGAACUGGUCCCUCCUUAAACUGUCCUGCAAUCCCGUAACGAGCAACAGCACCGUCGGAUUUGUAAAUAUUGUCUUUUACUUCGGACACGACCUUUUCAUUAUGUGCUCCUACGUGCAGUUGGUUAAAUUAGCUUUCAGGUCAAAAGAGGGGAAAAAGAAGUUCACGCAACUGAGCUUGCUCGACAUCACGGUGGCUUUGCUCUUUGACCUCAUGUACGCUCGCUACGGCACCAGCUCCAUGCCUCAGAGUCUCAAGAAUUUCAUGGCCAUCCAGAUUCUCGCCAUCCCGCCGUUACUCAAUCCCAUUAUUUACGGUAUGAAACUGUCCAAGAUACAACAGGCUUUAAAAAGAAGAUCAGGCACACAAGGACAGAAGCAUGGCUUCUGUAUGGCACACGCUAGCGGGACAUAA